UGCAGAAGCUCGUGCUCUUUACAGAUUAGUCUUUAACGUUAAAAGUGUUUUUUUGUGCAAAUAUCUUGUGAAAAGUCGCAAAAUGUGCGAAACUAUAGAAACGAUGUCAUUGAAACGCAUCAAGUGUUGUGAAUGAUUUGCUCGGGGUGGGCGGAGCUUUCCGUACGUGUGGGCGUCGUGAGCGACACGCCGAUUGGCCAGCACCGCGAGGGCAGGAGUCUCCGCCCACACCAUUGGUUGCCUGUGGCAAUGGGCGGGGUUUCUCAUAAGGAGACGCUCGUAUCCACACGCGAGCGGUGAGUAACGAACAAGCGGCUCGAGAGAUUCAUCUGUCGCCUCUUUCUCUAAACCGGACACUUUCUACCGAAUACGGACGCGUGUUGUGUUCACGACGGUCCGGUUAUAGAGGGAUUUCGUGGUGUUUUCGUGCAGUUCAGCGGCAGGAUUACCGUUCAGGCUCGAGACUCUGGAUUUACCUCAGAGCGACACAGCGCGAGCGUCGCGUGGAUUUAUCACCUCACGUGCACGGAAUCGCAUUCGCGUGACUCGCAGGCUCGUGGUCGUCUUUUCCGAGCAUCAGACGGAUGGCUCGGAACCGCGAGGCGGUUGACUCCAUGAAUCUGUCCAUCAGCUGCACGACCGGAACCCGCUUGGAUCUCCCGGUUCCCGUGGAGGAGACGGUGGACGGACUGAAGAGGAGACUGUCCCAGAAACUGCGAGUCCCCAAAGACAGACUGAUGCUCCUCCUCAGAGACACGAGGUUGAGCUCUGGAAAACUGCAGGAUUUUGGCGUCGGGGACGGAAGCAGAUUGACACUCGUUCCUGCUGUUGAAGCCGGACUGAUGUCUCAGUCGUGGCGGCCGGAGCAGUCAGUCCUCCAGGCGUUAGAGAGUCUAACAGAUUCGCAGGUCAGUGAUUUCCUGUCGGGCCGUUCGCCUCUGACCCUCGCCCUGCGUGUGAGUGAUCACAUGAUGUUUGUGCAGCUGCAGCUGGCCGCUCACCAGACGGUACCGUCCGUCUCCAGAGGUCCGGCAGGCACCAGUUGGACACCUGCAGGGAUGGGCAGCCAGGAAUACCCCCAACAUUUACCCUGUGGGGGCUCCAGCUCUCCACAGCGGGACCCUUCUUUACCUCCCUGCAGCCCCGCCCCACACGCUCACUACAACCACAGUGUUCAGAGCCCCGCUUCUGCCACGCCCAGCCUUCAGGCCGAGGACGGUGUUCACAGUUCAACACAACCGCACAAACCAGGUGCUUUCAUCGAGAGCCUCGUAAACCACGCACCUGGAGUUUUCUCAGGAACAUUCUCAGGUACUUUACAUUCCAGCUGUCAGGACAGCCGCGGUCAUCCUCGCCGUGACAUCACCACCAUCCUUCAAAUCUUGAAUGACCUGCUGAGUGCCACGCGCCAUUACAGGGGCACACCCCCGACCCUGGCACACCUCCGCUGCCGGACACCCUUCCCUCCGGCCACACCCCGCUCACCUUCAUAUACCUCAGAGACACAGCAGAGCGACCUGCAGCCACAACCCUCAGGCGAAUGUUUGCGGCAGACAGAGAAUAAAGCCACGCGCUGUAAAGUCGAGCAGCUUCAGCUGUUACUACGGCAACGACGCCUCCGACGUAGGGCCAGGAGAGACCCACGAGCGCCGUACCGGUGGCCGGCCGACCGCAAGGCCACACGUCGUCAUAGCAACAGCAGCUUGUCCAGCGAAAGCUCACUGGAUGUGGACAUGGAGGAGGCCGUCUGGAAACCUGAUGUCCAGCCUGACAUCAACACCGAGUAUGUUGUGGCCUGAGCUAAGGGCAGUCACUGAAAGUGGACAGUUGAUGUCAGGUGUUGAUGGGCAUUCACAAUCUGAUCGUCAGCUGUUACUGAACACAGAAUGUAGCAUUAUCACAUCGCCUUCAUUUCAGCAUUACAUGUUUUUGAUACAGUCAGAUAACAGAUACUCAUGACGUCACUUGUUAUUGACACCAGAUUUGUUUAAAACAUUUAGUUAAACGCACUUUAUAAUCUCCACUGUGUUUUAUUUCCGAAGAUUAUCGUUGAUUUCUUUCCAUAUGAGCUGAGCGGUGUGUGGACUCACACGGUUGAAAUAUAAACACAUUUAUUGAGACUAUCAAGUGUUGUUGUAGUGAGACAGAAGCCCAGCAGACGUCUCAUUGCCUCUCUAUUGUUUGAUUAAUGGGGCGUUUACACAAACUAAAAAUAACAACGUUUUUUUGUGUUAUGGCCAGUCAUUUACACGACGGACACAGACUGAGCAUGAACAUCAUGUGUUUCUGUUGAGCUCCAAUAAAACUGUGGACACACUGGCCUCUUCUGUCUGAACUCAAAUCUCUCUCGCUCGCUUGCUCUAGACAUGACAUGACAUACACUGACAUACAUGCUUCACUACAUAGUGAAUGUCUUCUAGUUCACUAGCUGUGAAAAGUGACUGUAGUUCUGAUCCUUACUGGUGACUGUAGAAUCACAAAGCUGGACUGAAUCAAUACCUGCUGGUUCCUUCUUUUGGAGAUGAGAGUUUAGAUGUCGUCCCCUGUUGUGUUUGUCUGGUUUUCUCACGAAUAUAGCUUAUAAGAUGUUUGAGAAUUCAUGUUGAGUUCAUUUUUAAGAGAGAAACAUUGAUCACAUGGUCAGUCGUGAUGUCAUUUCCUGCCACUGAUGAGGUGUUUCCUGUAAGGCGGUGGUUUAAGACUCAUGUAGCACAUUGAUUCCGCUCUAUGGACUCGUUUAUAAAACUGUGACACAUGUCUAGCUUUGUGUUUCUGCGUCCUUCCACAUGUUGUGUCAAAAUGAGCAAGUAAAGUUAGUUUUUUGUGAGCAAUAAUUUGUGUCUUUUCAGGUAAUAAAUAAUAGAGAAUGAA